AUCAACGCCAGCCCUGGAGCACGGGAGGUUCACGAAGUUAAGAUAAUUCCACGACAUGACCACGGCUACGUCCCCCUCUAUCGUGCGCUUGAGGCUCUCUCGGUUUUCAGCCGCCUGCGAAAGCUGUCCAUCGAUGGCCAAGGGUGUAGACCCCUUCUCGCGGGCAGCUCAUCCCUACCUCGCCGUACUUGCAUCGGUGCUCUCAAAAUCAUCUGCGAGGACACGGACAGUACAGAGAGCAUUAUGGGCACGCUACUUCAAAGAACCGACUUGGCCUCCCUGCAGGACUUGACGCUCUGCAGUCUCCUCGGAGACCGGUCUCAGACGUCGUUCCUCGCCGCAGUUCCAUCCACUCUCGAGUCGCUCGAAUACCACGUUGUCGGCGCGACCCCAGAAAUACAUCGGUUCGCCUGCCUGCGUUCCUUGACCCUCAUCGGCUCGCUCUAUAUCGAACAAGGCGGCCGCUCCGAGUGGCCGGACAUCAUGCGAGAUUUCGGCGUCGUCGCAGGACCCCAGAUGCGCGACAUCGGCAUCACCUUGCAGGUCCAUGAGGACCCGUUCUGGACGUUCUGGACGUCGGGUUCGAGCCUUGGAGACAUGCCCUUCGACUACCUGGCGAACUCGCUGAAGAAGCAAGAUUGGAGCUUGCUCUGCGCGCAUCUGCGCGAGUGUCAGUUGCUCCAGGGACUCAAGAUCAAAGUGGAGCUGAAGCCGAUGCUGGAUGGCAAAGGGAAGCUAUCCCAAGAUGUCCCACGAUGUACUUCGAUCGUACGGGAGGUGGUAGAUCAAUAUCUACCUGCGGCCGUGGCGAGUUUCGCGAAAGUGGGAGUGAUGUGUGCAGAUACGAAGCACUGAAUCAUAAUGCCAGCAUACAAGUCAGCGCCCCAAUCGUGCCGCGAUCCCCGGAACGUCGGAGCGGUACCUCAAGCAGCUGCAUAUUCGUGUAGAUUAUAGGAUGACAGCACGCUCAGAUUUGGUGUACGUAUACAUUUGGCUCGGGAUCGUUUUGCUACAAGAGAAGAACGUGCCUCGCCUGAAGGCUAGCUUAUAAGUAGCAUUUUCUUCCUGUAGCUAUCGACUAUAACGUUU